AGACCACAACAUAUAAAUGUAUUAAAUGUCGUUUACGAAUCGCUUAUGAUAAUUAAAAUAUACAAAUGAAGAUUAUAAGUAACAACAAUGUGUUUUUUUAUAAGUUUGUUUUACAGUUAUUAUGUGUGACAUGAACAAUUAUUAUAAUAACUUUUGUUAAUUAGCGUCAAAAUGACGUGGAAUCCUUUGAAGAAAAACUAUCUAACUCAGAGACCAACUUUUGCGCCACCACUUUUAUCCCAUGUGGAAGAUCAAGAAUUAGAUCUCGUUGUUCAAAGACUCAUCUAUAUUGAAAGCACAAUAAGAAAAUUAACUAAAGAAAUGAAGAAAUAUAUAGGAGCUCUAGUAAAUUUGGAUAGAGCGGAUCAACGAUUAAGCAUGAAUCUUAUCAGUUGUGGAUUAGCACAGAAUAACGAUGAUUAUAGAAGAAUAGUGGAAGAAUAUUUUUCUGUCGCUGCACAAGUAGGAAAAAACGUUCAAGAAAUAACUAGUCUGUGCCAUAAGACCUUUAUAGAACCUCUGAAAAAAUUGAGAAAUGAAUUUGCUACUAUUGCUGCAGCAUUAGCAAAGCGCGAAGAUUUAGUGACUACAUGGAGAUAUUUGUAUAAUCGUGUGAAGAAACUACAAGAGAAGAAAGAUAGAACUGCAAAUCAUAUCGCGAAAUUAGAGCGAGAACGCAGAGCAGAGGAAGCAGCUUCUAAAGAAUUGAAGACUGUACACGCUCAAUUACUCUCAGAGUUACCGACAUUUCUCGAAAAAAGACUAGAAUAUAUUAAUCCGAGCAUUCACGCUGUGAUUAUGGUACAAUUAAAUUAUUAUGGGCAUACAACGCAAUUGUACACCCAAUUGAUGCCUAUUCGGUGUUCCUCCGAAUUAACAUUGAGCUCAACAGUAACCGAGGAGGAAUAUCAGCAAGUUGUAAGCACUGAAUUAAAUAGGUUGAGGGCGCUAACUAUAGUAAAGGAUCAUUGAAUAAGUUUAACAUUUUUCCAGGAAUAUUUCAAAAAUCUUAACUUUAAACAUAUAUAUUUAAGACAUUAUUUUCAAAUAAAAGUAUAUAUUCCUUUGU